CCCUUACCUGGCUCGGCAGACAAACCAGUAAUCCUCAGAUUCCCGACAGUGACAACGCUCGAUUUUUAACGCUAGCUUUUAGUAUUGGUCUUCUAGGUGUUCGAUAUUGGCACAUUUCAAACAUUUUGUAAUUUGUACUUUUCCAAAAUUUACAUGAUAAUAUCGCCAGACUGUCUAACAAACUGACGUUAGCUCCGCUCCCCGGCUAACUUAUCAACCGGUAACAGCAGCAGGGCCAGCUGACGGUACACUGAGCUUGUUAGCCUGCUAGCUCCACAGUCUCUCCAGCCCAACUGCCCUUUGUCUUUUCAAGCAACUUAGCUAGCAAGUGUUGGUUCUUGUCUCGGUAAUCUAACGCCGGAUUUUUGCUGUUUCGUUUUAUUUUUUCGCCUGACAAGAGUUAAGUAAACCAAGAUAGGCGGCUUGGGAACCAAGAUGUCGAACCGAGUGGUGUGCAGAGAAGCCAGUCACGCCGGGAGCUGGUACUCCGCUUCGGGAUCCCAGCUGAAUGCACAACUAGAAGGCUGGCUGUCUCAAGCACAGUCCACGAUCAGACCUGCUAGAGCCAUCAUUGCGCCCCAUGCUGGAUAUACCUACUGUGGUGCUUGUGCAGCACAUGCCUACAAGCAGGUUGAUCCCUCUAUUACUCGUAGGGUGUUCAUCCUGGGACCUUCACACCAUGUGCCCCUCUCCCGCUGUGCCCUGUCGCCCGCAGACGUCUAUAGAACACCCCUCUAUGACCUGAGAAUCGACCAGAAGGUUUAUGCUGACCUCUGGAAAACUGGGUUGUUUGAGAGGAUGAGUCUGCAGACAGAUGAAGAUGAGCACAGUAUUGAAAUGCACUUGCCUUACACUGCUAAAGCCAUGGAGAGCCACAAAGAUGAGUUUAGCAUCGUUCCUGUGCUCGUGGGCGCCCUGAGUGAGUCUAAGGAACAGGAAUAUGGGAAGCUGCUCAGCAAGUACCUGGCAGAUCCAUCCAACCUUUUCAUCAUCUCAUCUGACUUCUGCCACUGGGGUCAACGGUUUCGCUACACAUACUACGAUGAAUCUCAAGGGGAGAUCUACAGGUCUAUCGAACAUCUUGAUAGAAUGGGGAUGGGUAUUAUAGAGCAGCUGGAUCCCAUGUCUUUCACCAAUUACUUGAAGAAGUACCGCAACACCAUCUGUGGACGCCACCCGAUUGGAGUGCUGCUAAAUGCUGUGGCUGAGCUGAGAAAGUCUGGUUUAGAAAUGAACUUCUCUUUCCUGAACUACGCCCAAUCAAGUCAGUGCAGGAACUGGCAGGACAGCUCCGUGAGUUAUGCUGCUGGGGCGCUCAUCGUCCAUUGAGGUCAACUUUUGCGGGGGCCACUGCAGUGCCGCCACCCUGCCCUUACUAUCUAUCGCCAUAACCUGACCCAGACACCCUCCCUCUCACCCCACCCCCAGUUACACCCACUAUUUGCAGGAAGGACCUAGACACUCAAAGCCAAUACCGUCUUCUUUCUCUGUCUCUCCCUCAGCCCUCCUCCACCUUUCUCCACACCUCCUCUCAGUUUGAAGUGUGUCUCAGAGCUUUUGGUUGAAACAUUUUGCUUGAAGUGCAGUUUUGAGAUGAUGUGGGAGCAAAUGGUCAGAGGAGAUUGGCAGAGUGUGUAGUAUUUUGGCUUGGAGUAAGCAUUGAGAGGGGGAAACCUUAUUUGGGUUUUUGCAAGGACUGUAGUUGUCCUCUUAGUCCCGUUUUGUUUUCCUUACGAAACGAAGGAUUUCAGUUGUGUUAUUGCAAUCUUUAAAUUUGGACUCGAUCUGUUCUCUUGUAAUUUGCCGCAGAAAAGGAAUUCAAAUAAAACUGCAGAUGCUAAUGGAGGACAUUCAAAUGUUGCCAGAUGAACAUGACAUGAGUGUUUUGACUGCUUCAACAAUUUAAACUUUGAAAACAGUGUCAUAGGUAAUUACUACCAUUGCUCAACAUAUGUUGUAGUUGCUAACAAAGGGCUGCACUCGACAAAGUUCACUAACCCCCUACUGUACAAAACCAAAAACAUUAUUAUUAUCAUCGUAGUUUAUUAAAUAUAAUAUUUUAUUCAUAUUUUAUUCCUUUUCUUUUUCCUUUUUUAGUUAGAUUUUUUAUUAGAUGUGGUAGUAUUUACUCAGUUAGUUUGUAGAUUUGAACAAAAAGCAGCGUUGUCACUUAAGCUCGAAAGCCAUCAAUGGUUUGCCCAAUAAAUUAGUGUGUGCAACACUGCUCCUGGAUUCCAAUGUUUUUUUAGGGCCAGACUGCAAUUGUGGGGCUACAGAAAUGUAAUUGAAUUUGGAUAUUGUGUACAUGACUCCAAUGCAGAUACCUCUAGUAUUUGUUUACACUGCCACCUCGAAUCUUUGUAGUCAUUGAAUAGGGCUACGUUCACUCUAAUUUGUGUUACAUUUUAAAAACUUCUAACUCUUAGCUAGAGUUACACCUAGUGUUAAAACUGCUCAAGUGUUUUAGGACCCCUAAGAUGGAGUGUUUUGCAAAUGCUGCUAAACCCCUUUUUAUUUUUUUCAUGGUGUUUUAGUCAGGACAGACAGAAACCAUGGCUUCUGCAAACGAUGAUGCAGAUGCCCAUGAUUGCCUUCUGAUCGGGUUUUUAUUACUCCCUUUGUGUCCUAUCCUAAUUCCACAUGCUGCUAUAAUGAGGCCAUUUUCCAGAAGAAAUCAUCAAUAUCAGGCUUGACUAUUGGUAGUCAAUUCAAAAUACAUCAAUUCCAGACGUUGCUGAUGUUGUAUGUGCUAGCUGCUCUCGUGCAAUAGUUAUCUGAAUUUUAUUGUGCUACGAGUGCACACAUACAGAGUAAGCAAGCUAUUAUUCAAGUGAUUUGUGACAACUCCCUCAUCCACCAAAUACCCAAUGUAUAAAAUUGUUCUCAGACAUUUUCCAGCGUAUUGAUGGAGCUAAAACACUUGUUUUGAAGGAGACGGAUUGAACUUAAAGCACCUGUUAGUGUGGACGUAGCCUUGGAGCCUCUGUUACAAUUUCUUUCUUUUUUCUUUCUUUCUUUUUUGCUAGAUUUUAAAAUGUCUUUUGUUUUACAUUCAGUUCUGUAGGUGGCAAAGCGGUAAAGGCUGAGAUGAUCUGCUUAAAUUACAUGAACUGUUACUAUAUAUCUGUGCAUUAGGUAGUAAUUUACAGCUCUUUAUGUUUUGACUAAAGAAUGCCAAAAGUUAUUGGGAAAACUGAAGCUUUUGUUCAUACAUUUGGUUUCCAGGUCUGAGUUACUCUUAAGACAAUAGGAGUAUUAAUUAGACAAGUUUAUUGUCGAAGAAAUAAAUGAUUAAGCUUGAUUAAUAACUUCAACACAGAGGCAUAAUGCUUCUCUGUAAGGUUUAACAAUCGACCCAGAAAAGCGACAGCUGAUGCUUCCUGCUGUAUUUUGGAUUUAUUGGAUGAAUCUGAAAGAAACAUGAACAUUUGCAUAAUGAAAUGCCAGGAACGAGGAUCACAGUUACUAACAAAAGAAAUGGUUGCUGCCGAAAAUACUCCUCUUCCAACGUUUGCAUAGAUGAGCCAACUGCGUACAGAAGCUGAAUGCAAAAACUCCAAGGUUCUUAGUAGCAGUGUAGACUUUCAAUGACCAUGUGAUAAUAGGCAGCUCACAGUGUCCGCUGUCUUUUCAUUUCAGAUUUCAGUGUCAUUUAUCUCUGACUGACUUUUGCUGUUGAAGUCAAGUAUUCCCAUUUAAAUAAUGCAGCCCUCUUACAUCAGUCCCUCCCUCUUGGCACCAUAAGAGGCGCCGCACUUAGCAUUAAGCUAUAAUAUCCAGUUGUAUCAAGCGGGUGCAGACGGAGAGAUGUAUCCCAAGACUCACUUGACCUCUAAGGCUAAUUUAAGGGAAACUAGACAAGCAUGACACACUGUGCUAUUGUGCCUUUUAUCACUGUUGCACAUAUACAUAUAAAGCGUAUUCUCACUUUUAGUCUUAUUUUAGAAUAUGUACUUCGGUUUUUCUGUUUUUUCCCCGUGUACCUUACCCAACAUUGUCUCCAGCUCGCCCAACACACCAGGAGUGUACGACUUGUCCCCCUCAUCUGUUGGUCUAAAAUGGCACCAACUGUUAUCUCCUUUCUCCAGCAGGGAGUGGUGUUCUGUUUUCUCCAAAUCACCUCAUUCCUGUAGAGAGAGACAAAGGCUAAACCUCAACACUGUUCAUGUUUUUUGUUAAUGGAUAUUUGUUUGUCUUGAAAUGGUUUUUGUAUUAUUUUCUUGGUUAGAGAAUUGGAACUUACGCCUCACAAACCUAAAAUAUACUACUUAACUGCUCCCUUAAUGGAGUUUUUUUGAUCUCAGGUUCCACUGACAAAGCAUCCCAAAAGGCUCUUCAGAUAAGGCUGAGGAUUCAUGUUACAAAUUAAGUAAAAUGUACUGAAAAGCA